CUUCAUCCUCCAUCCUCCAGCUACUCUCUGCGCGCCUGCAUCAUGCGCAUUCAUCUCCCUCUGCACCCGCACCACUUCGCAAAGCCUGCUGCCGGCGGGCCACUGGCCGAGAUCGGCGGCGAGCUCGUCGUAAUCGAACUGCAGGGGGAGCUGAGCUGGGAGGGCGAGCAGGCGGGCGGCGUUGUCGGCGUGUUGGGCCUGGACCGGCCAGACCGCCCGACACUCCAUAUCGGCGCGCACCACCUUCUGCACGGCAAGAUCGCUACGCUGCCGAAACCGUACGCCGUGAUCCGACGUGCGGCAGCGCCCACGGCCGAGGGGACACUGGAGGGCGACGCGGAGGAAGAGGAAAGUGACGCCGAGCACGAGGAGGAGCGGGAGAAGCGGCCCGCAGUCGGCGGGGGGGCCGGAGGGGAGGAAGCGGAAGAGGAAGAUGAGCCCCCACUCUUUCCCGAGGAAGAUGAGCCACCGCUCUUCCCCGAACAAGUGGUGCCGCCGCUGCCACCCAGCUCGCCGCUCAGCUUCCAUCCCUCGAGCGCGCACGACUACUCAUCAGACCUGGAGAGCUCGCCCGUUGCGCGGCUGGGCAUGCUCCCGUCCGAGGCUGACGAUGCGGAGGAGACGGAGGAGGAGCGCAAGCGGGCGCGUGAGGAGGAGCGAGCUGCGCGCGAGCGGGAGGAGCGACACCGCGCACGGCGGCGGGCGGCCCGUCCGGAGCGUACGCGACACUAUGAGGUCGUGGGGGUGGUGCGGAAGAAGAUUGUGUUCGCACUACGACCUGAACCGCUCGUCCAGCCCACACAGCUGCCUGAGUAGCAUAAUAGAGAUCCAUGACCGACACGCAUCACUGUACUAUAUCAUGUUUCAUUUCACUAUGGCCUGCCUGGUACAGGCCGAUACCGAGACACUGAGUUUAUGUUGAAUCAUCGUCCCCUGCCUCGCGCUUACUCCAGCCGCUCCGUUCCAACUGCUCUGCGAAGCUAAUAGUAGCGAUAGCCCUGCUGGGGAUAGCCGUACGCCUGCGGCGAAUAGUACCCCUGCGCGUACUGGACCUGAUUGGGAUCACGGU